AUGCUAGCCGUUGCUCUACUUCUACUGAUUUCUAGAGAGUUCAAUGAAGCGGUCAAACUACGCUGCGGCAACUAUUCCUCAAAUGCUGUCGUCACACCGGAACUGAGGGAAAACUCAGGGAUUUUGGUGACAUGGGAUCUGUUGUCAUCAGACCCGGUUUGCUCGGACCCGUCUCGAUUGCCUCGUUUCACACAACUUCGGUUACACGAUGUAUCGCUUAUAGCGAGUUGCGACAGUUGUCCAAGAUGUACAUUACGACUCCCAAUGCGCUAUGAAUGGCCACUUGGGUCAUCGAUCAACACAAUAUUCAUCGUAGCUCGUCAAACCCCGUACAAUCGAAUCCAUACAGAUAUGGAUAUUCGAUAUGUGAUUGUGGAUCGACUGCCACGAUCGUUAAGAAAUUGGAUCUUCGAAAUGAAGCAACGCUAUAAGGCACGUCAGGCUGCCGCUGAUAUGAACGAGGCCUUGGGCAAGGGGACCACUGUCCACGCUACCGUCGACAACUGGUUCCGCCGCUUCGACGACGGAAACACUUCUUUCGGCAAAUUGUCACACACAGAACAUCUGCGGCCUGGGUCUCGCGGGAAAUGCUGUGGUAGUAGAAGUUGCUGUCCGACAAGCAGACGGUCGACGCUGAACUCUACACACCGUAGCCCUGCGUGUUGGCUGUGGCAAUCGGAGAAAAUCGACCGAGACGUUCACUUCUCCCACAACAACGCACGUUCGUAUGUCGCUUUGUGCGCUUGUUACCAACUUGAAGCCCUGGGUUAG